AUGGAAGGUCUUAAAAAUUUGCUGGCUCCUAAAACACUCCACUGGUUCAGUUACGUGGCAAAUGUAUGUUGGAUUGUGCUCGGAAUUAUCCUAUCAGCAAUCUUUCUAGACAUUGAAAACAGCGAACCGAGAUUUGACUUUCGUUGUGGCUCAAAUGGUGACAAGGAACUAAUUCGUGGACAGUGUUACGAACAGUACGAAAAACAAUACAACAAAUUCCCUGUUUAUGGAUUCGUGAUGAUUAACUUUCUUGUUACUGCAAGUGUUUGUGGAAUAUACUCACAAGCGGUGAAGUCGAAAGUUGAGGAACUUGAAAACAACGCUAGAAACGGCGAUGAUGAUGUAGAAGGGCAACCGACUCCCCGGAAAAAGCUAUUCAAAGCGUACUGUUUGCAACUUCUUGUCAGAUUUGCUCUCGGGAUUUCUUUUGUCCUUCUGCAGACCAAAUUACUUUAUCCUCCCAGCUUUCCCUCGAACUUCAAAUGUAACUUAACGAGAGAAGAGAAGUUUUCAGACAUCACGGCCAGUGGGUCUCGCAACGGAACACAAACGCAAACGUCAUACGAAUGUCAUAAUCAAAGAGCAGCUAAGAAGUCCUUCUGGUCUGAUGCCGUGAUCGUUGUAACCGGAACUUUUGCGUUUUUUGUGUUUAUCGAGUCUCUGUUCAUGUUGUUAUGGCGUGCAAGAAAAGUAAGCAGCUUCAAAGCCUUUACGGAGGACCAGAAAUUUCAUAAAUAUUAUCUGAGUUCAAAUUCAGCCAAUGACGAACAAACAUCCGUCUCAACUUUCAUCGCAAAUAUGAAGGAACAUGUCAAAAGGAAAACCGAACGAUCUGAUGAUAAAGAUCCUUUUUGUCCUAAACCAGGUGAAGGCUCUCAAAGAGAUCAAACACUUGACCAAAUCUACACCAAUUUGGUUAUUCACAAGGGAAGAGUUAAUAUGCAUGACUUGAUAGCUGGAGGUAGAAAGAAACGACUAGAAGAGUACCCCACACCCACGGAAAACUCGCAACCAACACAACCAGGAGAUAUUUUUGAUGCUCAAAAACUGAAGAUACUUGUUGUUGGUCGUCCUGGAAUUGGAAAAACUAUGUUUAGCACGAAGAUUCUCCGCAACUGGGCAUCCGGUAACUUGUUUAUAGAAGCAAAAAAAUCACUAGUGGAUUUCGAAGUCGCUUUUCUCAUCAAGCUAAGGAGGUUUAACUCGGCCAAGCAAGACGAAAAACUCAGUCUUCGCGAGCUCCUGAAUCAGUCAGAGUAUUCCGCAGAAGAUCUAACCGAAGAGGUCUGGAAGUACAUUCUUCAAAACCCAAACAAAGUACUUAUAAUUUUUGAUGGAUUUGACGAAUACUCUGGUAAGACUAAAAUCGAUAACGAAAGCCAUCCGUACAGAGACAAUGAACAGGAAAGCAUGCCUAUUCAUUUCCUCUUCAAGAAAAUAGCGUCAGGAGAUAUUCUUCGUGGUGCUACAGUUCUAACGACCACAAGACCUAACGCCGUGUCAUGUAUCAGUAGACUCCACUUUGACAAAACCGUUGAGAUUCUGGGAUUUACAACUGAGCAAGUAGAUGAGUAUGUGCAGAAGUUCACGAAUGGCGAUGACCAGAAAGCAAACACCAUAAAGCAGCACAUUAACGGUAACCGUAACCUCUUAUCCUUUUGCUAUAUUCCUGUGAAUUGUUGGAUCAUUUGUUCGUGCUUGUUACAGUUGCUUGGUAACACUACUGGCUUAACCAGCCUCCCGACAAGACUGACAGAAAUAUACUCAAUUGCAAUAAAGAUGUUUUACUUUUGUUACGAUGACAAUCAAUAUCGCCACGAUAAAGCCAAAGGUCAACCGUUUAUUCUAAAGCCGUUUAAGGAACUUUCUUCCCAUGUGCAAAAUGUGUUUGCACGCCUGGGAAAAAUUGCCUUUGAUGGAAUUAAAGAGGGAAGACUAAUUUUCGAAUCACACGAAGUUAACGACCUAGAGAGUAAUGGCUUGUUUCACCGUUUACCCGAUACUAGAGACCGUCCUUUAGCUGAGCCAAGACCGCAAUAUUGCUUUUUACACCUGACGAUACAGGAGUUCUUGGCGGCGAAGUAUUUGGUGGACACGUACAGUUCCGAAGACCUGCAGAAGUUUGUUUCCGAUCACAUCCAGGAUGGCGCGUGGAAGGUUGUGAUGCAGUUUGUGGCUGGACUGCUGGCUGAAAAAGAAGGACAAUCAACAGAUAUUUUCAGCGACCUUCUUCCCUCAGAAACUUUUACUGAAGAAGUUGAAAUCAAGAUGAAUGAAGAUUCAGAGGAACGAAUUGAAACACUGACCUUUUGGCCAGUUGGUGAAGACAGGUUUUUAGUGGUGACGCUAUUCAAUUGCAUGUAUGAGAACAAAGCCUCUGAUCAAGAAGUUCAAAAGAAACUGGCGAAAAUUGGUUGCAAUGCGCUUAGUUUUAGGAUGUGUAACCUGUCACCUCUCGACUGUUUAGCAUUAGUGCAUGCACUUAAAUCUGUUGAAGGAAUUUUGCAUUUUGAUUUACGCUUCAACAAACUUCAGUCGCGAGGAUGUAUUGAGAUUGCGAAGUUGUUACCUGGCAACCAACACAAUCAGGGUUUUUGCGAACUAAAAAGAUUAAAUCUCGAUUAUAACAACAUAACUGAUGAAGCAGUUAAACAUUUAGCUACAGCACUCACACACACUAACUGCAAACUAAACAGCUUAAACCUCAAUAGUAACAACAUAACUGAUAAAGCAGUUAAACAUUUAUGUACAGCACUCGCACACAAUAACUGUAAACUAAACAGAUUAGACCUCUAUAGUAACAACAUAACUGAUAAAGCAGUUAAACAUUUAUGUACAGCACUCGCACACACUAACUGCAAACUAAACAGCUUACAUCUUAGGUAUAGCAACAUAACUGAUAAAGGUAAAAAUCUCCUAAACUCAAUGAACAUAAACUGUAAAGUAUUUUUCCGGCACUAAAUCCUUGUCUGCGAUGUAAAUGUUUCCCUUUUGAAGGAAUUUUUUUUUUGAUUUAAGCUUAAACAACCUUCAGUCACUUGGAUGUAUUGAGAUUGUAAAGUUGUUACCUGGCAACCAACACAAUCAGGGUUUUUGCGAACUAAAAACAUUAAACCUCGCUUUUAAUCAGACAACUGAUUAACACCACACUAACUACAAACUAAACAACUUAAAGAUCAAUCAAUAUUACGUUUUCUAAACUUAAAGCUCAAUAAGAUAACUUAUGGAUGUAUAAAACGCUUCACUGGCAGCACUGCACUCACACAUACUAAGUGCAAAAAGCUUAGACCUUAG